AUGGAAGAAGGAGAAUUAUCUGAUAAAUCUAACCAGAAGGCAAACAUUAUUCGAGAAGAAUUGGAUGGAUUCGAGAAGAAUUGGAUGGAGAUGGAUUCGAGAAGAAUUGAAUGGAGAUUGAUUGAUGAUGGUUCGAGAGAAGAUGGUGAUUUGGGAAAUUCAUCGAAUACUAAAAUAUCUGGAAAAACAAAUUUUGUCGAAAAUGUGAAAAUGAUGGAAGAGAUUGUGCAAGUAGUUGAGUUAGAUGAACAAAUCAUUGGAAAUGAAUUGGAUGGAGAUAUGAUGAUUGAUGAUGAUUUGGGAAAUUCAUCGAAUACUAAAAUAUCUGGAAAAACAAAUUUUGUCGAAAAUGUGAAAAUGAUGGAAGAGAUUAUGCAAGUAGUUGAGUUAGAUGAACAACUCAUUGGAAAUGAAUUGGAUGGAGAUAUGAUGAUUGAUGAUGAUUUGGGAAAUUCAUCGAAUACUAAAAUAUCUGGAAAAACAAAUUUUGUGGAAAAUAUGAAAAUGAUGGAAGAGAAUAUGGAAGAAAGCGGAAAUGGUUCAAAUACUUAUGAUUCUAAGUAUGACCCGACCGAAGAGGAAAUGGAAAACCAUAGAAAAUUAAUAAAAGACAAAGAAUUGUUAUUAUCGAAGAAGGCUGUGAACAUGUUGUUUCGUGAAAGAGAUGUGGUAUGUUAUUGUGGAAAAUGUGUUGAUUUGGACGAAUUAGAAUAUUGUUGUGGUUUAAUAUACCCUAUCAAUCUAAACAUUCAAAAGAGGAUGGGCCAAAAAAUGUCGGAAAAAUUGGACGAGAUAUUUUGGAAUGGGAAUUUCGACAAAUGCAUUGUCGAAUGCGCGAACUUCAACAAAUAUUUAAGAGAAGAAGUGAGUUUCAUUCGGUUUGCAUAAAGAACUAAUUGUAAGCGUUUUAUAGAUGGUUCAAACUUUCGAAAGUGGUUACAAGUAUGCGCUGAACAAGAAUGUUUGCGAAUGGAAGUCGGAGUGAGUUAAUAGUUGUUUCAGAUUAAUUUUUUCUGUAGAUUUUUCAAAUUAGUUUUUUACAGGAAUUAUCGAUUUUACUCAUAUUCCAUGUUGGUCAGCGAUUUGCACCUCCAAUUAAAAAAAAAGCGAAUCCCUUUGCCAGCUUGCGUUAUUCGGGCAAUUCGACAAAAAUGGCCAUCAGAAACGUAUACUGGAUUUUUGUCAGCCUUUCCAUAUGCUUAUGAAGAAGAAUUUUAA